AUGGCCAGCCUCGACGAAAAGGUCAAGCUUCGAUUUUUACAGUGGCAGGGCUUGUACAAGGAGGAGAAGCCUUUCGAGAUUGUUACCGAAACUAUUCAAGGUUCCGAAAAUAGGCGGACAAAUCUCUUGUUUGGUACCAAUGGAGAGCAAACCAUUACAGACAUCAGAGGCAGGGAAGGAACCCAAUUUGCGCUUGACAGUCAUGGUUUCGCGUACAGACCAAAGCCGUGUCCGUUUGAUGGUUACGACAACAAGCAGAGAAUCCUUGAGGAGUAUCUGCCGUGGGCUGAGUCAAUUAUUAAGCAAGAAAUAGAAGACAGUGGUCGUGUCUUCAUCUUUGACUGGAGGCUACGGCGGUCUGACUUCACACCGCGGAGGGUCGAUCUGACUGAGCUACACCAAUACUUACCAGUAGCAUCGACGUGUCAUGUUGAUCAAAGCCCAUGGGAGAUGGUAAAACGGUGCCGCAAAUUUCUCGGCGCCGAGGCUGAGGAGUUGUUCAAAGGCCGCGUUCGGAUCAUCAAUCUAUGGAAGCCACUAUCCCACACAAUCCAGGACAGGCCCAUAGCAGUAUGCGAUGGCAGCACCGUGGAUCAGGCAGACUUGGUUCACACGGACUAUGUCCGACGCGAUGAUGUUCAGGAAACGAUGUAUCUGCUACAUAACGACAGACAGAAGUGGUACUACCUAUCGCGCCAAACCCCAGACGAAGUCCUCCUGAUCAAGAUUUAUGAUUCCAGCCUGGCCGUCAAAGCAAUCAACUGUCCGCAUUCCUCCUUCUUCCACAGCAAAAUCCCACCAACUGCCGUCCCUCGUCAAAGUAUCGAAGUCAGAGCGUUUGUGUUUUCUCGUUCGUGA